CUUUAUUCCCGUUUUCACCCCUCCCCUUUCCUCUGCUUAAAUUGCUUCCUUGCCUUCUCUACCUUUCUCUGCCCCUUUUCUCUCUCCUUCUCUCGUCCUCUUUUUCAUUUUUCUUCGUGAUUUUUCGGAGUCUUACAUAAAAGUUCUCCUGCUUGCCUGUCCCAACAAGCAGUGUGCUGCAGGCCAGAGGCCACACACAGAAACAGGGAGAGAGGGGAAGGAAAGAACAGAGACGAGUUAAAGGGACCAAGUGAAAUAGAGGUGUAGCAGGAUUGAGAAAGAGACCUGGAGGUUCUUGUGGCGUGUGGGUUGAGGGUGCCGAACUGGAAUGGAUGCCAUUAUGCUGCAGGAGAAGCUGGUGGAGAAACUGCUGUGUGCCCGAAGCAGGACUACUCGCCAGAAGGAUAAGCAGUAUGUCGGCUUUGCGACGCUGCCUAACCAGGUCCACAGGAAGUCUGUGAAGAAAGGCUUUGAUUUCACGCUCAUGGUGGCAGGUGAAUCUGGCUUGGGCAAGUCUACUCUAGUAAACAGCCUUUUCCUCACAGACCUCUAUAAGGACAGAAAACUACUAAAUGCAGAAGAGCGUAUUAACCAGACAGUGGAGAUCACUAAACACACAGUGGAUAUUGAGGAGAAGGGUGUCAAACUUAAACUCACCAUUGUAGACACACCAGGGUUUGGAGAUGCCGUAAACAAUAAUGAGUGUUGGAAGCCGAUCACUGACUACAUUGAUCAACAGUUCGAGCAAUAUUUCAGGGAUGAAAGUGGACUCAACAGGAAGAACAUAUUGGAUAACCGAGUGCACUGCUGUCUUUAUUUCAUACCACCUUUUGGACAUGGUUUGAGGCCGGUAGAUGUGGAGUUCAUGAAAGCACUGCAUGAGAAAGUGAACAUUAUUCCUCUUAUUGCCAAAGCGGACUGUCUCACUCCAACAGAGAUAAAGAAACUAAAGGAUCGGGUACGAGAUGAGAUUGAGCGCUUUGGGAUUAAAGUGUACCAGUUUCCUGAAUGUGACUCUGAUGAGGAUGAGGAGUUUAAACAGAUGGACAAAGAGCUGAAGGAAUGUACUCCCUUUGCUGUUAUUGGCAGUAACACAGUGGUGGAAGCAAGAGGUCAGAGAGUACGAGGACGCCUCUACCCUUGGGGCAUUGUCGAAGUUGAGAACCAGUCCCACUGUGACUUUGUGAAGUUGAGGAACAUGCUGAUUCGCUCUCACAUGCAUGACCUGAAAGAUGUGACUUGUGAUGUACACUAUGAGAACUACAGAGCCCACUGUAUACAGGAGAUGACCAGUAAACUUGCACAGGACAACCGUGUGGACAGUCCUAUUCCUAUACUGCCCUUGCCGACUCCGGAUGCAGAAACAGAGCGACUCAUUAAGAUGAAGGAUGAGGAGCUGAAAAGAAUGCAGGAGAUGCUGCAGAAGAUGCAGCAACAGAUGCAUGAGAAAGACCAGUAAUGAUCUCACACAGGGACACACGUAUACAAACAUGCACUUAUAGAGAAAUGUACAGAAGUCACUUCAUAUCAUAUACUGUAUUCUGCCACAGGAGUGAAAUGGAAGUGGUCAUGUGUGGUCAUAUUGUAACUGUGGCAUCGCCUUCAGUCAGUGACAUACUCAAUGACAAACUAUACUGUAUAUUUGCAAAAGUUUGCUUGGUGCUUCGCCUACCAAGUACAAAUGUGAGGCAUCUGUUUAAGAUUUUCUUGUGUUUAUGCCUGUGUGAGUAUAUCUAACAUUGAUAAUUUUAUGUAUAAUUAAUUUAAGUGAAGCCUACUUUUAGAAGAAUUUAAUUUAUAUGUACUUAUAUGUUUUUAAUUCUCAGCUAGAACAUGCAUUAAUUGUUUUGUAAAAAUAUAUUGGAUUGAAUCCGGGCUCUGACAGUCUGUGUGUGUGUAUGGGUGUGCACGUGUGCGCAUGUAUGUGUCAAUGGGCGUGUAUGUUUUCUUUAACUGCUGACUAGGAUUUUAUAGUGCUAUCUCUCAGUGAGUGUGGAGUUACCUUGCAGGUUACUGUAAAAAAUAAAUAUGCUUCAGUCAGA